AUGAGUCUGCAUGUGGCGUUUCUCUUGUCAGCGUUGGGCUGCGGUCUCGCUGGAGGACAGCUUGUGUCCAAAUGUGACCUAAUGAAGGCGUUUCAGGACCUGACGGAGGACCCAGCCACCAACAGCCACCAAACCUCCACCGGUAACCAAUUCUCCACUGGCCACCAAACCUCCACCGGCCACCAAUCCUCCACCGGCAACCAAUCCUCCACCAGCCACCAAGCCUCCACUGACAACCAAUCCUCCACUGGCAACCAAUCCUCCACCAGCCACAAAGCCUCAACUGACAACCAAUCCUCCACUGGCAACCAAUCCUCCACCGGCCACCAAUCCUCCACCAGCCACCAAGCCUCCACCAGCCACCAAGCCUCCACUGACAACCAAUCCUCCACUGGCAACCAAUCUCUCCACCAGCCACCAAGCUUCCACAAGCCACCAAGCCUCCACUGGCAACCAAUCCUCCACUGCCGCCACCAUUCCUCCACACUGGCAACCAAUCCUCCACCGGCCACCAAUCCUCCACCAGCCACCAAGCCUCCACCAGCCACCAAUCCUCCACUGGCAACCAAUCCUCCACCAGCCACAAAGCCUCCACUGACAACCAAUCCUCCACUGGCAACCAAUCCUCCACUGGCAACCAAUCCUCCACCAGCCACAAAGCUUCAACUGACAACCAAUCCUCCACUGGCAACCAAUCCUCCACCGGCCACCAAUCCUCCACCAGCCACCAAUCCUCCACUAGCAACCAAACCUCCACCAGCCACCAAUCCUCCACCAUCCACCAAGCCUCCACUGGCAACCAAUCCUCCACCGGCCACCAACCCUCCACUGGCAACCAAUCCUCCACCGGCCACCAAUCCUCCACCAGCCACCAAGCCUCCACUGGCAACCAAUCCUCCACUGGCAACCAAUCCUCCAGCAGCCACCAAUCCUCCACUGGCAACCAAUCCUCCACCAGCCACCAAGCCUCCAGUGACAACCAAUCCUCCAUUGGCAACCAAUCCUCCACCAGCCACCAAACCUCCACCAGCCACCAAUCCUCCACCAGCCACCAAUCCUCCACCAGCCACCAAGCCUCCACUGGCAACCAAUCCUCCACUGGCAACCAAUCCUCCACCAGCCACAAAGCUUCAACUGACAACCAAUCCUCCACUGGCAACCAAUCCUCCACCGGCCACCAAUCCUCCACCAGCCACCAAGCCUCCACCAGCCACCAAGCCUCCACUGGCAACCAAUCCUCCACCGGCCACCAAUCCUCCACUGGCAACCAAUCCUCCACCGGCCACCAAUCCUCCACCAGCCACCAAGCCUCCACUGACAACCAAUCCUCCACUGGCAACCAAUCCUCCACCAGCCACAAAGCCUCAACUGACAACCAAUCCUCCACUGGCAACCAAUCCUCCACCGGCCACCAAGCUUCCACCAGCCACCAAGCCUCCACUGGCAACCAAUCCUCCACCGGCCACCAUUCCUCCACUGGCAACCAAUCCUCCACCGGCCACCAAUCCUCCACCAGCCACCAAGCCUCCACCAGCCACCAAUCCUCCACUGGCAACCAAUCCUCCACCAGCCACAAAGCCUCCACUGACAACCAAUCCUCCACUGGCAACCAAUCCUCCACUGGCAACCAAUCCUCCACCAGCCACAAAGCUUCAACUGACAACCAAUCCUCCACUGGCAACCAAUCCUCCACCGGCCACCAAUCCUCCACCAGCCACCAAUCCUCCACUAGCAACCAAACCUCCACCAGCCACCAAUCCUCCACCAUCCACCAAGCCUCCACUGGCAACCAAUCCUCCACCGGCCACCAACCCUCCACUGGCAACCAAUCCUCCACCGGCCACCAAUCCUCCACCAGCCACCAAGCCUCCACUGGCAACCAAUCCUCCACUGGCAACCAAUCCUCCAGCAGCCACCAAUCCUCCACUGGCAACCAAUCCUCCACCAGCCACCAAGCCUCCAGUGACAACCAAUCCUCCAUUGGCAACCAAUCCUCCACCAGCCACCAAACCUCCACCAGCCACCAAUCCUCCACCAGCCACCAAUCCUCCACCAGCCACCAAGCCUCCACUGGCAACCAAUCCUCCACCGGCCACCAAUCCUCCACUGGCAACCAAUCCUCCACCAGCCACCAAUCCUCCACCAGCCACCAAUCCUCCACUGGCAACUAAUCGUCCACCAGCCACCAAUCCUCCACUGGCAACCAAACCUCCACCAGCCACCAAUCCUCCACCAGCCACCAAGCCUCCACUGGCAACCAAUCCUCCACUGGCAACCAAUCCUCCACCGGCCACCAAUUCUCCACCAGCCACCAAGCCUCCACUGGCAACCAAUCCUCCACCGGAAACCAAUCCUCCACCAGUCACAAAUCCUCCACCAGCCACCAAGCCUCCACUGGCAACCAAUCCUCCACUGGCAACCAAUCCUCCACCAGCCACCAAGCCUCCACUGGCAACCAAUCCCCCACCAGCCACCAAUCCUCCACCGGCCACCAAUCCUCCACUGGCAACUAAUCGUCCACCAGCCACCAAUCCUCCACUGGCAACCAAACCUCCACCAGCCACCAAUCCUCCACCAGCCACCAAGCCUCCACUGGCAACCAAUCCUCCACUGGCAACCAAUCCUCCACCGGCCACCAAUUCUCCACCAGCCACCAAGCCUCCACUGGCAACCAAUCCUCCACCGGAAACCAAUCCUCCACCAGUCACAAAUCCUCCACCAGCCACCAAGCCUCCACUGGCAACCAAUCCUCCACCAGCCACCAAGCCUCCACAGGCAACCAAUCCCCCACCAGCCACCAAGCCUCCACCAGCCACCAAACAAACACAGAACACAAGGCUUCCACAAGACCUUACAACACGCCCCAUCCGGGUGCGACGGUUUGCCCGCCCUCCACCGCCUUCCAGACCUCCACACGUAGUAAGCAACGAGACAGAGGACGAGCCGAUCUGGACGCUCUACGGUCUUUUCCAGCUCAGCAAUUAUCUGGUCUGCAGCGACGGCACGACUCCGUCACCCAACAUCUGUGAGAUGGACUGCAACAACCUUGUUGAUGGAGACAUACACAACGACAUCAGCUGCGUGAUGAAGGUCAUCAGCCAACUUAGUGAAAACGGUUACGGGGCGGCCAACCGUGACGAGUUAAUAAGGAUGAUCAGGCUCAUCUUCCAGCCGGAGUGCAGCAAUAAGAAAGCCUCCGACUACUUCGCUGAAUGCAUGUAGUGCCGUAACUAUCACUGGAAGGAUUAACCUAUACGAGUGGUGG